AUGGGAAUAAAACAUUUAUGGUCGAUCUUAACUCCCUUUGUGGAAAGGAGGCCUCUAUACGAACUCGAAGGCAAAAGUGUAGCAAUAGAUCUGUCGGGUUGGGUCUGCGAGGCACAGAACGUGACCGAUUACUACACCCAACCGAAAAUGUACCUUCGGAACUUGUACUUCCGCACCUGCUUCCUUCUACUGAUGCAGGUGUCGCCGAUCUUCGUGCUCGAAGGCAAACCUCCCGAGCUCAAGCACGAUACGAUCGCCGCAAGGAACGCGACACAGUUCAAGGGGGCGAAGCCUCGUUCGGACGGCGCCAAGAAUAAGUCGAAGGAUCGAGCUCGGUUUAGGGGCGUGCUGAAUUGCUGCGAGGAGAUGCUGCGUUACAUGGGCGUUGCGUGCGUGAAAGGAAAGGGGGAGGCGGAAUCUUUGUGCGCGUAUCUUAACAUGAACGGGCUCGUCGACGGCUGCGUGACUCAAGAUUCCGACUGUUUUGCGUACGGUGCCAAAAUCGUAUACCGAAACUUCUCAAUUUCGCAACAAGGCGCCAACUCGGGCGCCGGGGCCAUCGACGUUUACGAUAUAACGAAGAUAUACGAGAGCAUCAAGAUUGGACGUAACAAAAUGGUCGCAAUGGCCUUGCUGUGCGGUAGCGACUAUAGCUGCGGGGUGUUCGGUAUCGGCAAGGAGGCGGUGGUGAAGUUCUUUGAACACGUCGCCGACGACGAAGUUCUCGAACGUUUACGAAGUUGGCGAACAGACGGGGAGUUUUACAGGAAGUUAAAUCAGGAGGUGACGAAUAAGAAUGUUUGUAGUGUGUGCGGGCACCAAGGGAAGAAGCAGUCGCACGUCAAAUACGGUAUAAAGUUCAGGUUUGGUGACAGGAUGGGAGAGGGUUUAGGUUGUGGCAGCUGCGGGACGCGCGAUGGUUGCGAUCCGUCCACGUACGAAAAGAGACGACUGGAGAAUAAGAACGAGAUAUCGAUACGCGAGAAGGCUUUAAAAGACGAAGAUUUUCCGAACGAGGAGCUGAUAAGCGAAUUUUUACAUUCAAAGGAGGAGGUCAAGGCGGUCGCUUUGGAAUGGCGGCGGCCCAACAUUGCCGAAUUUAUCGCUUUUGCAGUGAAACAUCUGCAAUGGGAGCACGUCUACGCGUUUGAAAAGUUUCUACCAAUACUCACUAGAUGGCACCUCUCCAACUCAGUUGUCGGCGCCCUGCUUCGUCCCAAACGCAUCAAAAAAGCUCGGCACUUAAAAGGUGUCGCUGGAUUCGAAAUAAUCUGGGAGUACUCCGCUCCCGAUCAGGACUUAUUUCCUUCACACGCACUCGACGAGAUCGAUUCGGAGAAACUAUGGUCGACGGUCGAACCGCAACACCUCGUCCGCUCGGCCUACCCCGAUUUGGUGGACGAGUUCGAGCGGGCGACCGCCAAACCAAAGAGGCCCGCGAAGAAGAAGGCCACCGUCGCCGCGCCGAAGCGUAAACCUCGAAGGAUCGAGUCGUACUUCACCAGGACCGAACUCGACGUGUCCAAAUUCGGCGACGAAAGCGACCUCGAUCUGUCCGACCUGAUCGAGGACGUCGUCAGUAGCGACGUCGACUACUUACAAGCGCUGUCCGAGAGCGUAGUUGAGAAUUUGGACGAGUCCAAUUUCUUCGCGACCACAUUCACCGAGUGCGAUCUGUUCGAGAAGAGCAUGGCCGUGCUGUCAACGGAUUCGAGCGACGACGAAGAGGAGUACGUGCCGUUAAUCGAACGCAUACAAUCGAAACAAAGCAGGGGAACGUUUAUUUCUGAUUGA